AUGCCUCUCAACAAGACCACGGCCACCACUGUCACCAAGGAUGUAAUUAUUAUCGGCGGCUCCCUCUCAUCUCUCAUGCACGCCCUCACCCUCCACCAUCUCGGUUGCUCGGUCCUCAUCCUCGAACAAACCCCCUCCCACGCCCCUCCCUCACACAUGGCCGGCAUCGCCAUCGGCCCUGCCGUCCUAGACCUGCUAUCCCGGUUCGACCGCGCAAGUGAUAUCCCCCUCGGCAUCCCAUCAGACUCUCUCCAGACUCUAGACGCAACAGGUCACGUCCGUCCCUUCCUUCGCCUCCCCCGUCUCAUGACAUCCUGGGAUGCGCUGUACUUCCGGCUACGCGCCAACUUCGACGGUCUGCGCAGUGAGUACGUCGCAGAGCCGCCGGGUCCGCGGGCCCAGCAUGGAGAAAGCAUUGAGAGCGCGUCUGCGAGGGCAAAGUAUGAGAUUGGGCAGAGGGUUGUAGGCGUGGAAGAAGACACGGUUGGUCGUGUCCGUGUCGCGGUGCAGGAUUGUCGAGGCGAGACCGAGCCCGCGACCGGACGCGAGUAUCAGCUUCUAGCCGAUCUGGUGAUCGCGGCUGACGGGGCGAAUUCAAUCGUUCGGAAAAUCUUUUCAGGGUCCGGGAAUGGGGACGGUGAUAGACAGUAUGCGGGCUACGUUGUGUGGCGGGGUGUUGUGCCGGAGAGCCAGGUCAGCGAGGCUACGAGGAGGGUGUUUAGUCGGAACAUCACCUAUUCGAUCUUGAAUGGCACGCAUGUCAUUGUGUAUAACAUCCCCAGCCCCAACGGCUCCAUCGAGCUGGGGACCCGUCUCUUAAACUUCGCCUGGUACACCAAUGUUCCUUCAUCCUCACUCGACGAAGUCAUGACCGAUGCGUCCGGCAAACGACAUCGGAUCUCGUUAUCCCCGGAACACUUUCAAUCGUCGAUUUGGGCCCGCCAACGAUCUAUAGCAAGAGACUCGCUUCCAGAAGCGCACCUUGAAAUCAUGAACCAGAUCUCCUCGCCGUUCGUACAUCUCAUCACUGAUUUCUGGUCGCCGCGGACUGCGUUCCUAAACGGAAAGGUGCUGCUGGUAGGUGAUGCCUCGGCGUUGCUUCGUCCGCAUACUGCCUAUGCGACGAGCCAGGCAGCAGAGCAGGCACAGUUGACGGAGGGGCUGGUGAAAGGGGAGAUGGGGUGGAGGGAGUGGGAGAGGCGGAUCACGAGGAAGACAUAUGUAAAUUGGAGGCAAAGUAUCUGGUUUGGGGAGUUCUAUCAAAGGGGGUGGGUGAAAGGAUUCGGGAGUGCCGUGCGGUAUUGGAUUGCGAGGGGGAUGGAUGUGUUGAGAAGCUGGAUGAAUGGGUUUCAUCAUAGUUUGGUGACCUAG